AUGACAUCUCCACAGCUUCUCCCGGAAAUUUGGGAUCUGGUCAUCCAGUACCUCCGCCAACCACUCCCUCCCCCAACUGGCAAAGCCAAGCGAUGCGAGAUUCGUCAGCCUGACUUGGCGGCGUGUAUGAGAGUCAGCCAUCUCUUCUACGACCUCACCGGUCCCCUCCUCUAUUCCAUAAUCGUCGCCGACCACCUCCCCUCCCUCACUUCCCGCCUGUGGGUGACUCCCCCCGCUCCGGGCCUCAAAAGCAAAUUUGAGCUCCUAUCCCGCUGCAAACGCCUAUACCUCGAAUACGUCGAUCGGUCCGAACCGAGCUAUCUCACCCUCAUGAUGCUCGGCUCGCCCUUCUUCUCCCUCCUCCAUCCCAGCACCGCGGAUCGUCAGAGUCAAUGCCGCAGAGGUGGACUGGAUCACAAGCGGGACCACGAUGCUCGAAGGAACGUCGAAAAAUCUCAUCAGCAUAUCUACGGGGGCGAUGCUGGGGGACCAAACGGGCAUCUGGCAGCGGGUAUGGGAGGAUCCGGCCGCCGGAUCGCCUCCUUGGCUGCCGCGGGUCAAGGCAGGGCGUUACUGUGUCAGCAUGUCGGCUUUGGACCAUUGGUCAACACCUUCGCGAUAGGCAGUGAGGGUUGUCCGCCCGAUCGGCUUCGGAAUCGGAGGCACCUCAACACCGUAGCAUGCGGCGAUAUCACCAGCGUAAGUGGCGGCGUCUCACGCUGCAGCAUGUCAGAAAAGUCAUCAGUACCCGGCCCAACCGUGCUCGCGCCGUACCUCGACGCAGUGACGAGCGUUUUCCACCCGAUCGCGCACCCGCUCGUCAAUGCGAGCAAUCGGUUCAACGCAUGGAAGGAGAACUUUGGCUUGGUCCACGACAUGGGCGACGACGAGAUGUACUACGCGCGACACUUGUUGGCGCAACAAGUCGCAAAGCAUGUCGAAAGGCGACACAAGGGAUUGAAGGGUUUGCGGCGGAGUACGGGCAGGGCGCCCACAGCGACCGACCUAUCCGUCGACAUAUACGCUCCCCCAGCCUUCCAGCUCGGACUGGACUGGUCCGUGCAGACCAUGGCGUUCAGGGAAGCUGUAUUGGGGGCGAUGGCUGCCAACGGCUCCCCGGCUGCGUGGGCGAAACGCGCAGAGUGGCGGAUCAAGCCGUUGGCGGAGGCUCCGCCGUGCGAGGCUUGUGGGUGCCAGAUAAGAAGGCGAAUAGGGCUUCAAUGGUACAGUCGGCUAGGUGGGCGCGCCUGGGCGUAUCGUGAACAGCGUCUGGGACAGAGCUCAGUCAGUCUCAGAUGCCGAAGCCUAGCGGUUGUCAAAUCACAGGAUAACGAUCAGAAGGCAAGAUUGUGGGGUCUGGUGCUAUCCCAUCUGCGCCAGCCAACACCGCGACCAACAGGCAAGAAUCAGCCGAGUAGCAUCCGCCAGCCUGAUCUCGCCGUCUGCAUGAGGGUCAACAAACUAUUCUACGAGCUCACUGGGCCCCUCCUCUACAGCACCAUCGUCAGCGACCACCUUCCCUCCCUCACGCGCAAUCUCAACACUCCCGCAGCCUCCUCAAAUAUCAAAUGCAAGCGGCACCUCCUCUCUACGUGCAAACAUCUCUAUCUCGAAUACUGCCCCAAAAAUGAGCCGACCUACUCGUCCCUCCUCUUCCACGGCGAAUGGGUCUUCCUCUUGCUCGAGCCUUCCGAGGCGGAAAGAAUGGCAUUUGCCAGGGCGGAAGCGGUCGGGAUCUGGAAGGCUGCAGAGGCCCUGACAAGCGUGAUGACCCGUCUGCGGACAUUGUCGACUGGGGCUAUUCUGGGUGGGCAAUUUGAGUGGUGGUGGCCUAUAUGCCAGAAAUGGGGUGGAACAGAGGUCGAGCAGGAUGCGGAAGAGGCGCGAAUCGCAAUCACAGGACUCGCGGUCCACCGCACACCCGCCGCAAUCAUGUGCCAGCGCGUCAAAGUUGGGCCGCUCGUGUACGCUACUCAAAUUCGGCACGACUCGUAUCCGACAAAGGUGGUACGAGAGGGGGACGGGAAGGGGAAGGGGAAGGGGAAGGGGAAGGGGAAGGGGAAGGAGAGCGAGCUGCCAGUGCACUGCAUGCACAUGGAAGGUGUCCGUAUCCGGCCCGGUAAUAUACCAGCAGUGAGGGGCGGGCGGGCGAGGUGGUAUGGGGUAGACUCUGGAGUACUCGAAGGUCCCGUCUCCACUAUGGCGGUCAACCGGAUCGUUAAUCUCAUCGGACAGCACGUCGACUGGCGGCAGCGGCACGGCGAUCUGGCCGUGGCGCGUACUCAGGCGAUCAAGCAGGCGGACUUUCAAGUCGACAUCUAUCUCCCAUCGGUGUUUUUCCGCCCUUCGAUGACGGACUGGUUCGAGCAGUCGCUGGAGCGCAAGCUGAAGAAGGUGGUGGAGGCGUAUGGUACGACCAUGGCCACGGUUCGCGGGGAUGUGUGGCGUAUGAAGCCGUUGGAGGAGGCACCAUCGUGCGAGGCUUGCGGCUGUUGUCAAUUUGGGGAGCGCAAAGAGGAGGGAGUUCAAUUGUCCAGUUCACGUCCCUUGUUUCACUUCUCCUUUGUGUCCCGCUCUGCGUCUCCUCGCCUACCCAAUCGCCUUCAUACUGAUCUUCACUGCUCACAUACUGUUGCGAUACUAAGCAAGUCCAUCGAGAUGACGAACCCGAGACUGCUGCCUGAGAUCUGGGGUCUGGUGUUGUUCCAUCUCCGCCAGCCGCUACCGGCACCGACAGGCAAGAAUGAGGGGGUCAGUAUUCGCCAGCCUGACCUUGCCGCUUGCAUGCGCGUCAACAGGCUUUUCUACGAUAUCACCGGCCCCCUUCUCUACACCACUAUCAUCAGCGAUCACCUCCCUUCCCUCGUCUCUCACCUGCACACCCCUGCCGCCGCUCCCGACCUCAAGUCCAAGACGGAGCUCCUUUCUUCUUACCUAUACCACCCUUCUCAACCACGGCGGAUCAUUCUACCUUUUGGUCGGCUCCACCCAAUCGAUUUCGGACAGGUCGGCAUUUGGGAAAGCGGAGACGGUGUGGCUUGGGGAGGCGGCAGUGAGCCUCAAUCGGUUGAUGAGGCAGCUGAGGACUCAUUCGAGUGGAGCGAUGUUGGGUGGGCAAACAGAGUGGUGGAAGCCUGUAUGGGAGGACUGGCGGGAGACGGACCCGGACAUGGAGCAGCAGGUGAAUCAGACGCGCGACCCCACUGCGCAGGCGCACGCCCACGCCCACGCACCGUAGCGGUGAUGUGCCAGCGAGUCGAGUAUGGGCCGCUCACCUAUGCUCCCCUGCUUUGGCCCUGCAGAGCACUGGGAUCUCGCACGCACAUUGACGCAGUGCCGUGCGGGGAGAUACCGCCGGUGAUCGGCGGACUGGCGAGGUGGUAUGGGGAGUACACUGGCGUGACUGAGGGGCCGGUGGACACCAAAGCCGUCGACCAGCUCGUGCACAUCAUCGGGCGGCAUGUCCGCUACCGACUCCAAAUGUCCGACUAUCGGGGUGCCGUGGACAGCAAAUUCGAGGUGGACAUCUAUGUCCCGCCGGUAUUUCUCCGCCCCUCGGUCGCGGACUACUUUUACGAGAACAUGGAGCGAAGCUUAGGCGAUGUGGUCAGAGGGCCAGGUCAGUCGACACCCGUGAUCAAGGGGGACAGUUGGCGUCUCAAGCCAUUAGUAGAGGCACCGCCUUGCGAGGCAUGCGGAUGGUGCGCGGAUGACCUAUAG